CUUUGCUUUUAUGUGCAGUGUGACAUGACGGCAUUUGGUUUAGCCGUGUUAUAUAUAAUGUCUCGGUGUCUUUUCAAGCAAAAAAUUUGUGUCUCUGUGGUGUGGCCAGAAGGUGGUUGAUAUUUAGACAGUAAAAUAGGCGCUAGAAUUUCAUUGCAGUAUCCUUUCAAAACUCGGAACAUGACUAAUAAAACCAAGACUUUGAAUAUUGUCCCAAUUCACGUCCGCCGAGUCCGCUCAAUGCACCACAGUGAAGACAGCACCCAUGUAAGGGUGAUUCACCUUUUUCAAAGGAAUCUGUUGCGUGUAAAAGAAACCAACCUGUAUAGGGGGUAUUCAGUGGUGGCCAUAGCUAUGUGCUCAACUGCUGAGCAUAUGCCGACGGCAAACUCCCACAGUUCCUCUGCAACGUGCAUUCCGCACCAUCAAGAUUGUUGGUUUUAGCAGCCUAUUAAUGUAAGCUCCGUCUGAGCAUGCGCUCUAAACAUCGCCCUCAGAUAUGGCGUCCGGUGAAUACCUCUUAUAUUAAUACUCUUCUUUUGUUGAGAGCUAGAGAGACAGUUUUUACUUGUUGGCAAAGGUGUACACAUCUGUUGCAUAAUUUUUUUUAUUCUGUAUUAUCUGUGUGUCUAUGCCUCAAAUGUCUAAAAAUCUGUAUUUUUGUUGGGGAUGUAUGUUUGCUCCCACUUCUAGUGUUUAUCCAGUGUGGUAUGCUUAUCAUGUACUCUGGUGUCAGCUGACAUUUCAUCAUUAACUCCUUGACCUUCAAAAAAGACCAAACUCUCCUGUAAUAUUUUGUAAUUUUGCAACAAUCCAAGGAACGUGAAUCCCAUUUUAUAAUUUCUUCAACCUCAUAAAGUCCUUAUGCACUUUACAUUAGUAUAAUUCAAGCUAGUGUUACCAUGCAGAUGUUUCACCCGGCGUCAGAACCGAUAUCAUCCCCAGAAAUGCAAAACAGAGCCAAGCAUUUUUUGCCGUUUGUUAAGCUCAUACAUACAAUGAAACUGACACUUUCCCCUUGUGUGCUGCUUUCAACAGAGCCUCGAGAGAUCCCUUUGGAUCCAGCCGGUGGCAGCUGGAGCUGCAAGGACUUCGGUAGCCCGUUCUCGUUCCAGACGUCGGUGACGAUGCGCCGGAGGACGGUACACCAGUGGCGAGGGACGUACCACCACUGCCGCUACUGCAACUACUCCAGCUAUGACAAGACCUGUGUGGCACGACACGAAAGAACUCACACGGGGGAGCGGCCUUUCGACUGCCAGAUCUGCGGCAAGGCAUUCACGCGCAAGUGCUUGCUCAUCAUUCACGAAAGGACUCACACGGGAGAGAAGCCCUUCAAAUGCAAGCUCUGCGGGCAAGCGUUCUCGCAGGCGGCUCACCUGUCACACCAUCAGAUGGUGCACACGGGGGCAAAGCCCUUCAAGUGCCAGAUCUGCGGCAAGGACUUCGCUCGCAAAUUUACUCUGCUUAGUCAUUAUAAGGUGCACUCAAGCGGGAGGCUCUCGGGGCGCCACGCUUCGAGCGACGCGAGUUGUAACAAGUGAGUAUUGGCGGCAUGUCGUUGCGGAAGAGUGAUGGUGCAACCUUCUCUUUAGAUAACUACGUCCUCGUAGCUAAGACCACUUUUUCCUUCCGGCCACCGACCGGUUCUGUUCUCACAUUUGAAAAUGAUUGCCUACCG